GUUUGAACAACCCGCCCGACCUAUAAACAGUAUACGUUCACACUCACUGAGCGUUGAUCUCAGGCAAUCGAUAUUCCCCCGAUUUUUAGUGGAAAACGAUUUUCCGAUACAAUCAUCAUGGCCAGCAAACGACUUGGCAGCAUGGCGUCCUCGGCCAGUGUGAUGCAGUCGACGGCUUCGAUUUCCAGCAGGGCGAAGAAAGCGAAAAAGGCGCGGCUGCCGACCUUUGACCUUUCGCUAAAUCAGAAGGUGGACAUCAAGAAGGCCUUCGAUCUGUUCGACACCCAGUGCACGGGCUUUAUCGAAACCAAGGAGCUUCGCGUGGCCAUUCGCGCCCUUGGCUUUGAGCCAAAGAAGGAGGAGAUCAAGCGCAUGAUGGACGAAAUCGACAAGGACAAGACGGGGAGGAUUGCCUUUAACGAUUUCCUGUACCUGAUGCGUCAGAAAAUGGCCGAGAAGGACUCCAACCAGGACAUGAUGAAGGCCUUCUCCUUUUUCGAUGACGAUCGCACCGGGAGCAUCUCCUUCGCCAACCUAAAACGCGUGGCCAAGGAGCUGGGCGAGCAACUCACCGACGAGGAACUGCAGGAGAUGAUCGAUGAGGCCGACCUGAAUGGCGAUGGCGAGGUUAGCAAGGAGGAGUUCCUCAACCUCAUCAGGAAAACCAAUUUGAUAUAGCCCAAAUCUUGUUUAAAUGUACCUCCCAAUUCCAUGAGGGAAACGACGUUGUUUCUAACCCAUAUAGACUUACUCAUUUCAGGCAGAAUACUUUUUUUUAACACCAUCCUCACUCACACACUCAGUAGAGUAUCUUGAAGAAGUUUGGAUAUGCUUCGGUUAAAUAAAGCAACGCACUGUAAAGGCA